AAAAAGAAGUUUUUACUUCUAAGACCGAAAUCAUUCCAGAAUCACUUUUCCAUGAAGUCAACAACUGGAGUAUGCAAGAAGGUCUUUUGACUUUAAAGCCACCAUAUACAAUCCAACGCUACGAACGCGUCAUACCUUACAAAAAUUCUGAGGAAUUCAAAAGUACGGAACAAAGUGAAAAAGAACACUGGUAUAUUCUUGACGAAUUAGAAGAAGGGAAGACGUAUGAGACAAGAGUAUCUUAUGCUUCAACGGGUUCUCAUCUAAAGUUGAGUACUACAAAAAAAUUUCUCAGAGUGAGAGCCAUUUAUGAUGGUGUGUCUAUCCAUCGUGGCAGAGAUUCCAGACCUGUAAUUUACAACGUUGUAUUGGAAACGCUUGUAUAUGGAGUCCCACGGGUGGCGAUAAAUUUAAUACUUGUUUUGGCCAUCAUUAUAGGAGUGGCCAAUUUUAUAUUUGUGCCAAAGAUAUAUAAAGCUUUGCGGAAUGUUAUAGAAGAGAAAGAUAAAAAAGAGUAG